AUGGCACAGAGGUUGCUGAAACAUGCUCCACAGCGGUGCCUUCAUUUCCCCCUUUUCCCACUCUGGACGAGGCAGACGAGGCAGACGAGGCAGGGGAAGUUGCUCUUGCCGCUCCAUUUCCGAGGCUUUGGAAGUGAGAGUGACAUGGCGGGCGUGCACAAAAGCCCCAUUGUGCAGCUACUUUGGAAAGACAGGGCAAACCUACAGCGAGUCACAGCGGCUGGAGGCAAACCGCAGGAGAAGCUCUUGACCAAAACGGCCAGAGAUUCCCGGGUUGCUGUUUCCUACAACUUCAAAGACGACUUCCUGUUGAAGGAACAGUACGCAAACUUCAACGGCUUAAUCCAGUUUAGCAAGCUUUUCGAGGACCUGGAUGCCUUAGCAGGCAAUGUUGCUUUCAAACAUUGUGAUGAUGACGACCCUGAAACCAGAAUGCCACAUUUGGUGACAGCCUCUGUAGAUCGAAUCCGCCUGGCUCCUGGUAUCGCCAUCUCGUUGGACCAAAACUAUGAGAUGUCUGGUCAGGUCUCAUGGGUAGGCAGCUCAUCACUCAUAAUCCACAUGAAGCUCACGCGCGAAUCUGACGACGUGGACGUUCUCGUGGCCAAUUUCACUUUCGUUGCGCGGGACAUCAUAUCUGGCAAGAGCUGCAAGGUAAACAGACUGGAGCCAGAAACUGAGGAUGAGAAGAAACUCUUCCAGCUUGCAGAUGACAAGAACAAAGCCAGGAGAACGGCCCGUGCAGCUGCAAAAGCUGCAGCAGGCACGCAGGUGGAUGCCACGCAGACUGCUUUGGCCAAGGAGCUACUGGACCAAGGCCGGCUGCUUCAGGACAUGCCUGGACUUGCAGUUGGCGACGCGGUCCUCAUUCACCAGACGCAGCGGGAAACCAUGAUUAUUUGCCAGCCGCAACAGCGCAACACUGCUGGCCGUAUGUUUGGCGGCUACCUCAUGAGGUGUGCCUACCGCUGUGCAUUUCCAACUGCCUACAUGUUUGCGGGCUCUUUCCCACACUUCGUGGAGGUCGACGAGGUCAGCUUCAUUCAUCCGGUUGAAGUUGGAGACAUAUGCGAGUUCAACGGACGAGUCAUGCUGACAUACACGAAGGUGAGACCGAUUCUGCAUGUGGAAGUCACGGCUUCCGUGCUGAAGCCUGAAAAGAAAUCCAGCUUGGUCACAAAUGUCUUCAACUUCGUGUUCGAGCUGAGACCGAAGCCUGGACAAGCUCUUCCGGUAAUCAAGCGCGUUUUCCCUGCAACAAACACCAUUGCUCAGAGAGUCGUCGCCAUCAUGGCCAGACACGUCUUGGACGUCUUCAAGAUUGGACAGGCUCGUGUCGUGGUGGUGGCCAACGAAAGCCGGAAUCGAGCAAAUCAGGUGGCUACCGCCAUUCGGUCCAAGUACCCGCAGUUGCCGAUGGUUGUAAGAGCAAAGGACUCUGAGCAUAAGCAGUGGCUGGAGACCACGCUGAAUGUUAAGGCAUUAAUGCCCGCCAUGAUUGCCGUUCGCUUUGGGACUGAAGUGAUGCAGCUGUUGGGCUACCCUGAGGAUGAGGUAAAGGCUUUGCUGCAGGAGCUGUUGAAUUCGGCACUGGCUGAAAUUUGUGGUGACUCGAAAACUUUCCUCACCGUCGACGACAUUAUCGACGAUACCGCUGACAUCAUCGACGAUACCGCUGGAAAGCAAGCGAGUGAGAGCAGUGGUAGUCCUGCCUACUCCCAGGUUGACGAGUACUUUGCGCGCAUCACAGUUCCGCUCUAUGAGGUGACCUACCCCUUUCCAGAAGCACUGCCUUGGCUCAGGGUGCCAAGGCGACGCAGCCAAGUGCAUGCGGCCCUGGAGCAGAGGCUUGGUGUGGGAUGGGUCGUCCUGUCCCUCUUGGAAGAUCCUGGAGUUGUAGACGGAGGAGUCAAACCACGGCGCACCGACGACAUCGUCGCGGCUGAAAGCGGCCGAUCCGUGCCUUCCGAAUCAACGAAAUCCCAGCUAGACGCCUGGCUGGGAGCUGCUGAGGUGCCGGCUGCCGAGCUCCGCAAGGCCAAUGCGCCCGCCUCUGCACUGCCGCAGGCCUGUCCGCUCUCGCGCCGUCGAAGUGACUGA